UAAGAGGAGGAUUCAUUUUGCAGUUUGAGGAUCCUGAUUUCAAUAAUCAGUUGUGCAACCUAACGGACAUCAAAGACCUUCCUGUUGACCGUGCAACUUUGAAAGUAUUGUUCACAGCUGAUGACUCCACGGAUUCUACACUGGACACUGGAAGCCUCUCUUCUCCAAGUAGUGCAGAUUUUGUUAAAUGGCCUGACUCCUUCCCGAUUCCAAAGUUUUCCCAUGAUGUGGAGCUGCAACUGAAAGAAGCUAAUUGUAGAUAUGCUAAGGAUGGAUCUGUGAUGGUGAUUUCUAAAACUUUGAAGACUAAUAUCCUUGACACACUUGCAGACUGUAUGUCAAAGAUUACUGCUUAUCCUGACAGGCAACACUAUGAAAAUGUGGCCAAAACACUGGUAGAAAGGCAUCCCUGUCUGCGAGACCCAGGGUCAGAAAAGGGAUGGUACUCAUGGUUUCACAGUCUGAAAUUCAAAAUGGGAAACUACAGGCAUAAAUUAAGCUCAGCAGGAUGCCCUGAGGUGGUCAUAAACAAACGAAAAUCUGGAAGUUCAAAAGGGGAAACUGUCAAAAAGUCAAAGAAGGGGGAGGUGAACUACUGUCCUGAUCCACCUGAAGGACAGAGUCCUGAAAACAUGGAGGUGAAGCGCAAGAUAAUGGAGGCUGAAAUACAGAAGAAAGACCCAAAUCAUCAGCUGAUUGAGGAUUUGAUGGUUUCUACAUUUUCUCAGCGUAGGAAAGACAUUGUAGGAGAUCAACCACACAUCACAGAGCUCAUGUCCCGAUGGCCUGCUCUGUUCCAUGAGAGACAGAUUAGGGCAGAAUUUACAAGAAUCGUCACCACAGACCUUCUGAAAUCUUUUGUUGACGGACUUGAUGGCCUGGUUCUGAGACUGCUGGAGGUCUACAAAGCAGCAACCAAAUCUGGGAAGAAGCAGCCACUCAAAGACAUUUUGGACUGCCUUGCAAAAGAUGACACAAAUGAAAGGAGAAGGGCUGCUGCUCUGCUUGGUUUGCCACGCUACAUAUCUGGGGAAGAUCCAUCAACUGUCAUCAGGAUGUGUGAUGCUCAUGCUGAUAUUCUGGAUGAUGCCAUGAAGGGGAUGCAGGUCGGUCUUCUGAUUGCCUGUGAAGGUAGUGAACAGGGGGCCAUCCCACACGAGGUCUUCGACGUGGCAGUUGUGGUGGAGGAGACCAUUGUGCUUCACAAUAUUAAAGAUGUGACAGUUGGCUUUGCUAUGCUUAUGGGUGUCAUCUACUGUAUCAAUCUCAAGUAUCCAAAUGACAUGAAGUAUUCGUUCGAGUUUCUUCAGAGAGUGGUGAUGAAGAUCAGUCCAGACCAGGCCUCAGCUCGAGUACAUGGUUUGAGAAACAAACUCCUGAGGUACAAACUGUAACAUCUGGUAUGUUUACAGUUUUGUUUUCUUAAAUAAGAGUUCCUGUAAGAAUUUGUUCAGUUUGUUCUAUGCACUAAAUGUUAAUACUAAUGGUUAUGCACUAAAACAUUUAGCAUUG